AGCUUAAAGGAAGAAGGAUGAGAAAAUUGACCAAACGAAAAGGAACGGGCGAAGGAAGAUGACUUAUAACCCGGAGAAAUAGAAAGAGAAAGAGGGAAAAGACAGAGAAGUGGAAGUUGCGGUGAUCAGGGCACAGCCAGAAUCUGAAAUCCAUUAAUCCAAAUUGGAAGUGUGAAUUGAAUUGGAGCUGUGCCGUAGAAGAGGGAAAAUGUCGCUGAAUAUGAAAACCCUAACCCAAGCAUUGGCGAAGACCGCAGCGGUGAUUGAGAAGACAGUGCAGACAACGGUGCAGGAGGUGACAGGACCCAAGCCACUUCAAGACUACGACCUUCUACACCAGAUCGGUUCUGCUGGGCCUGGCCUCGCGUGGAGGCUCUACUCGGCCAGGGCGCGUGAUCCCUCGCGUCAGCACCAAUACCCGGUUGUAUGUGUGUGGGUAUUAGACAAACGCGCUCUUUCCGAGGCCCGAAUGCGUGCUGGCCUCACCAAAGCCGCUGAGGAUUCCUUUUUAGAUUUGGUUCGCACCGAUGCGGCUAAGCUCGUGCGUCUCAGACAUCCUGGGAUCGUUCACGUCGUUCAGGCCCUCGACGAGAGCAAGAAUGCCAUGGCUAUGGUCACCGAACCCUUGUUUGCUUCCGUCGCCAAUACUCUUGGCAAUGUCGACAAUAUUCCUAAUCUUCCUAAAGAUCUCAGGGGAAUGGAAAUGGGACUUUUGGAGGUCAAACAUGGUUUACUUCAGAUGGCAGAAUCCUUGGACUUUCUUCACAACCAUGCUCAUCUUAUUCAUCGAGCUUUAUCACCCGAGAACAUUCUGAUCACCUUGAGUGGAGCUUGGAAACUUGCUGGAUUUGGUUUUGCCAUUUCUGCUACUCAGACCUCUGGUGACUCAUCUAAUCUGCAACCCUUCCAUUAUGCUGAAUAUGAUGUUGAGGACUCUGUUUUGCCACUUCAGCCAUCACUUAAUUACACUGCUCCUGAACUGGUGAGGAGCACCAUGCCUUCAGCUGGGUGCUCAUCUGAUAUUUUCAGUUUUGGAUGCCUUGCCUACCAUUUAAUUGCUCGCAAGCCUUUGUUUGACUGCCACAACAAUGUGAAGAUGUACAUGAAUACCUUGAAUUACUUAUCCAGUGAUGCAUUUUCAUCUGUCCCAUCGGAACUGGUUCCUGACUUGCAAAAGAUGCUCUCUACAAAUGAGUCUUUCAGGCCAACAGCAAUGGAUUUUACAGAGGAAGGUCUUGAUCAUGUCAGAUGUGGCACGAGUAAUAAUUCUACACUUUCACAAUUGACUUGCUCACCAUUUUUUCGAAAUGAUACUAGGUUGCGUGCUCUACGCUUCCUUGACCACAUGCUUGAAAGAGAUAACCUGCAAAAGUCAGAGUUCUUAAAAGCACUGUCAGACAUGUGGAAAGAUUUUGAUUCCCGUGUAUUGCGAUACAAGGUCCUUCCACCACUUUGUGCAGAACUUAGGAAUGUGGUGAUACAGCCGAUGAUUCUACCCAUGGUUCUCACUAUUGCAGAGUCUCAGGACAAGAAUGAUUUUGAGCAAUCAACACUCCCAGCCCUUGUCCCUGUCUUGAGUACUGCUGCUGGUGAGACACUGUUGCUACUUGUGAAGCAUGCUGAGCUUAUAAUAAACAAGACUAGUCAAGAGCAUUUAGUUUCGCACGUUCUUCCAAUGAUUGUUCGGGCCUACGAUGAUACUGAUGCUCGUAUGCAAGAAGAGGUCCUGAAAAAAUCUGUAUCCCUUGCCAAACAACUUGAUGCCCAGCUGGUGAAACAAGUGAUUUUGCCCCGUGUUCAUGGAUUAGCACUUAAAACAACAGUUGCCGCGGUUAGAGUCAAUGCUUUGCUGUGCCUAGGAGACAUGGUUAACCGACUUGAUAAACAUGCUGUCCUGGAUAUCUUGCAAACUAUUCAGCGCUGUACUGCUGUUGACCAUUCUCCUCCAACCCUUAUGUGUACCUUAGGGGUUGCAAAUUCUAUUUUUAAGCAGUAUGGAGUAGAAUUUGUUGCUGAGCAUGUUCUUCCAUUGCUUAUGCCUCUUCUGACUGCUCAACAACUUAAUGUUCAACAGUUUGCCAAAUAUAUGCUCUUUGUCAAGGAUAUGCUUCAUAAGAUAGAAGAGAAGCGAGGAGUGGCUGUGACUGAUUCUGGAAUCCCGGAGGUAAAACUAUCUCCCAUGGUUAAUGGCCUUCAAUCUGAAGCCCUGAGGACAAGCAGCAGCACUGUAGCUGCUUCAACAAAAAGCAGCUCCUCUUGGGAUGAAGAUUGGGGUCCCAGAACAAAGGGAACUGCCUCUUCUAUCCAAAAUUCUGUUGAUACCACCAGUCAAUCUGCGGCAAGCCACCCUGUGGGUCAAGUAACAUCCUUACAAAAGCAUUUGUCCUUGUCUGCUUUAUCUACUCAGCAGACAACCAAGUCAUGUCCCUCAGUAGAUGUAGAAUGGCCGCCUCGUACAUCUCUUGGUGUUACCUCACAAUUUGGUGACACUGAAAGUCAUACAGUAGCAGCAGGAACUUCGUCCACAUCUAAUCUUGAAUCUGAUGAUCCUUUUGCUGAUUGGCCGCCACGUCCUAAUAACUCAUUAUCAGGUGGAUCUGGAAUAUCAAACAAUGGUACUUUAGGAAUGCCGCUAAACAAGCUUGGGUUUAAUUCAAUGACGAGCACUUCAAGCAAUAUGGCUCCCCAAACUACCUACAGUUGGCCUGUUAAUUCCCAAAGUUCUGCAGAGUCUAUCAGUUUGAACACGAGGAAUGCUAGCUCAACCGUUGGUAGCCUGAAUAGUGGCCUUGAACCUCAGAAUUCUCUUGGGUUCCUAAAGCAAAAUAAUGCUUUUCCAUCAUCAAAUGUUUCAUAUAAUAAUGUUCAGUCAACGGCAACAGAUCUUGGAUCGAUAUUUUCCUCCAACAAGAAUGAACAGAUUGCACCUAAACUUGCACCACCGCCAUCAACCACAGUCGGUAGAGGACGAGGAAGAGGGAGGGGAGUGGUUUCAACCACUCGGUCCUCUCAAACCAAGUCACAUGUUGAGCAGCCACCCCUUUUGGAUUUGUUGGGGUAGCUUACUUCUAUUAUUGUUCUUGUAUCAUGGUGACGGGUUACUGCUUAGCUUGUACAUUUUAUGCAACGACCUGUGUUGAGUGGUUGGAGACAUUUAUUGUGAAGGGAGAGAUUGCAGGAAAACUUGCCAGGCAGCAUCUGUUGUAAGGAACGGCAACUCUAUGUAAAGGCUUUGUUGUAUGUUGCUUAGUCUACAGUGAUUUUGCAAAAUUUGGAUUAAUAUUGUUUAUUUUUUUGUCCUUGUUUUAUGUCAUACUACAUUUUUAGGGCAUCAGGCAAAGUGUAUUCAGAGAAAUCCUGAUUACUGUGACUGGGUUGAAAAUAAUAAAAGCAAUCAUGAAGUUUCUUCUGUAAAAAGAUUUGAAUUCUGUUAAGUAUGGUUUGAUUUAGCGUAACAGAAAUUGUUUGCUGUUUAAGAAAGACAGCUUGGGUGAAAAAGUGAUCUCUUCUUCUAUCUUACCCUAGCUUUCAACUAUUGGAACUGGAAGCUUUAAUGGCAGAGGAUUUGUUUUU